AUGGAUAUCUCAGUUAUGAUUAGAGAUCAAAGAAUCUCUAGAAAGCUGCUGAGCAAGCCAACGCGACACACACUGCAAGCUGACCAAGAAAACAGAGCGUUUGGUGAAAAAUUCGAGGAAGCUGCAGCUCAAGAUCACACAGAGCAACGAUUGCAAAAAUGUGUUAAUCUAUUUCCACACAUCUACAACGCUCUGAGAUGGAGCCGCGGAGAGGAAGCUGUUCAAAAAUAUGAAACAAUCAAAGAAGUGAUGGACGACUUCUUCGGACCCGCGCCUUUCACGGAGGAGGAGGAAGAGGAGCUGGUUAGCCGGGAAUCGGUCCAAGAAAUUUUGGACCGAUUCCAGGAGCUUGCAGACAGAGAUGCAAGAAUUCGCAACCAAAGAGUGGCAGACAAUCGUUAA